UGCAUCUUAAAAAGAAAGAGAUGUUUUUGCAGCAGCAGCAAGCUGUACACCUCCUGCACAGCUGGCAGCAAAGCGCUGGAAGUGGAGCAGCCGCGACCACGGGAAGAGAUAACUUCUGUUUGUUUUAUGUCUCACACCAUGCACGAUCCGUUACUUGCCAAAGCAGUCAGCUGCUCGGGAGCAUCUACCUCCACACCAAUAGCUGGAGGGAGUGAACUCCAUAACCCGGCCAGCCUAGACAUUGUAUUAGAAAUAACCCAGCCGCUGCUCCGGUCCUCUCCGAGUUGCCAAACUCCCAACACCCAGUUGUUUUGCGUGCGGAUGCAAAGCCCGCUCCCUUCUCCCUCCUGCUGUCUAUCUUUCGGCCGGGGAGUCGAGGGCUGCCACCAUCACCCAGCCCCGUCAGGCACGCAUGGGGCAUCACUGACUCCUCUGGGCUGGGCGAGGCGGGGGCCGCCCCAGCCGGGCACCCCGCCGGCAGCCUGGGGCGCGGGGCCCGGCGGGGUGCCCGGAGCUCGCCUUCCCGCGGGGCCGUGCCGCCCCCUCGAACCCCCGCCCCUGCCGAGCCCCCUCCCCGGCUAUAAAGCGCGGCUGGCCGUCCGGGCCCCCUCCUCGCCGCUGCCAUGGCCGCGCUGCGCUUCGGGGAGCCCCCGGCGGAGCCGCCCGCCUUCCCCGCGGGCAGGUGGGCGGGGGGCGGCGGGCCCGGCCCGGCCUCGCCCGCCCUCAGGGCGCUUCCCCCGGCGGAGCCGUCGGAGGGGGCGCCGGCGGCCUCGCAGCGUCGGAAGCGGACGAGCUUCACGGCGGCGCAGCUGGAGACGCUGGAGCUGGUUUUCCAGGACACCAUGUACCCGGACAUCUACCUGCGGGAGAAACUGGCCGACGCCACGCAGAUCCCCGAGUCCCGCAUCCAGGUGUGGUUCCAGAACCGCCGCGCCAAGUCCCGCCGCCAGCGGGGCCCGCCCCGCCCCGGCCCCGCCGCGCCGCCGCCGGGCUGCCCGCGGCCGCCCCGCUUCGCCGCCCUGCGCGCCCCGGAGCGGCCCCGCUGCGCCCUCUCCGCGGUGGCCCGGACGGAGAGCGGCUCGGCCCCCUACGCGUGGCCGCCGGCCGCCGGCUUCCCCCCCGGCCCCGGCUUCGAGGGCUUCCCGCACGGGCAGCCCGGCGGGGCCGAGCCCGGCCCGUUCGCGGGGAGCGCCGCCGGCCCCUUCCCGCCGGCCCGCGGCUUCUGCGGGCAGUACUCGCCCGUGUCGGACGCCGAGGACACCAGCGGCUACUCGGAGUCGGGCUCGGAGUGGGAGGAGAACGCGCUCGGCGCCUUCCGCGCCCUCUGAGCGCCGCCGCGGCGGGACGCGGCCCGGGCGGGGCACGGGGUGAAGCCCUGCCGCCGGAGCCCGGCCCGCGGUGCGCUGCUCGGGCGGGGAGCAGUCACACACCGCGCUACCUCACUGCUGCUCUGCCACUGUGUUGCACUUUAUCCGGUAGUGACCGAUUGUACCUAUUUAUUUAAGAAAGAUACGGGUCGGCUCCAUCAGCUGAGGGCAUCUUUUUACACUGUAUUUAAAGCUUUUUUUUGUAUCAUGUUUAGUGUAUCUAUUUAACCUUCUUUAGCCAAGAAAAAGCUAACCCAAAUCCACUGUGUUUUGGGGGUGGGGGCUGGUCUUAAAAAAGAGUGAUGGUCUGUCGGGGUUUUUUGACCAAGGAAACAAAAUAAAGGUUUAUGUUUUUGAUCUGCUUGUGUGUGUACCUGGAGCACGGGCAAGGUUUCUUACCUUGGCUGAUGGUGGGGUAGAGUAGUGAUAGAUAUCCCAGCUGCAGGUUCUCCUCCCAGGUCCUGGAAAGCUACGGCUGCAGUUCAGAUGUUGAUAAGAGACCUAAGGGGCCCGAAGGACAGGUUAAGGAAACUGCCUUAAACUUUCUCAGUAUUUGUCUUAAAUCUGCCCUAAACAAACACCCCCAUUCCUAAAUGA